UCGGAGUAGAUUGCGAGAUUGGGUUACUAACGUUUGGGUUAGCCAGCUACCAGUUGUACAUCAUCAUCUUCAUUGUAUUUUGAGGGGUUUGAAUGAAGUUCAUUUGCUAGCAUUUGCUGUUCUUAUAAUAUUUAUAUUUGCAUCGGAUCUGUCAGCCUUGUAUGUGUGGCUCGUGUGUGAGCUAGCUAGCUAGCUAGCUAGCGUUUCAUCCCAACGAGCAACAGUUAGCAAGCCAGCUACGUGGGUCGGCCAGUUUUGCGGCCAUGGAUUCAGAACGACAAAAACGAAGGGAGGAGAUCCACAAAGCUAUGAGCUUUAUUCAGUCCUCCUUGCCAUUCCCGGAGCCUGAGGGUUAUGAGGCAUUUCUGACCCAGUUGGUGUGUAACUUGCUGGACGAGGGCAACAUGGUGUUCCGGGAUGGGGAGUGGAGGCAGGCGGCCCAGCACUACAGUGAGGGGGUCAACGUGGCGCGCUAUGCCCAGGCUGAGGCACUGGUCAUCCCCCCUAAGCUGCUGGAGAGCCUUUAUGUCAAUAAGGCUGCUGCACACUAUCAUAUUGGGGAGUAUGAGCGGGGCGUGCAGGACUGCGACAGCGCACUGUGUGUGUCUGAGGGCAGUCGUAGAGUCCUCUACAGAAAGGCUCUAUGUCUGAGGGAGCUGGGAAAGUUCAGGGAAGCCUAUGAGUGUGGCACAGGGUGCCUGCUCACUUCCCCGCAAGACAGGCAGGUGAGUGAGCUGGCCCAGGACCUGGCCAAUAAACUGGGUUUGAAGGUCCGCAAGGCCUAUAUCAGUGCUCAGGUGGAAUCCACAUCACCAGGAGGGGAGGGCCAUGGAGACAACUCUCCCCCCACAGGAGAGACAUCCUCCAACGGUUUAGAGUCUUUAGACAUUGGACCAGCUGACCUGUCCAGUGCCCAGUGUAUCCCUGCCCCUUUGGCCACGCCCAUCCCCGUCAGCGAUGACCCCGCCACCCCAGUGGUGACCCCAUGUGCUGACCUGUCGGAGAGCCCCAGCAGCCAGGGACAGGCACCCAUGCCCUACUCCGUGCCUGUCUCAGAGCACAUGGACACCAUGGAGGGGUGCAGCGUCAUGAACGACCAGCUGGACAGCCUCCUGGACUGCAUCCCCAAGAAAGUCAGUGAGAGCCCUGUCCAGGGCGCCAUCCCCACCAACCUCCCCAACACAGCGGUGGGGCUGCGCUCCCCAUACGCCUCCAGCCUCCCAGCCCCCUCACCCCAGCUACCACCUGCCUACUUCAGCUCCUCCGUCAGCCAAAUGUCUCCCCUGGAACCUUACCCUCCGCUGGGUCAGAGAGAACAGCGGGAACAGAGCUCCAGCCAGGUGCUGGAUGUCCUGGGCAGCUUCUCUCAGGGAGCAGUGGCUGGGGUUGGGGAGGCUGAGGGGAAGGCAGGGGUUGGAGGGCUGGACUCCCUCUCGGAGUACACCCUGCCUGGGGGAAGAAUCUUGCAUAGCUUCAUUCCAGGGAUACGCAACCUCAACUCCUCUCACACAAACGGUCCUGCGGGCACCAACCUGUCCCUGCUCUCCAGAAACCCCCUGGCCGCCACGCACGAGUUCCGCCAGGCCUGCCAUGCCUGCUACAGCCGCAUAGGUCCCCGGGUCAUGGACUACCAGUACCAGCCAGAGGCGGCCCACCGCUGUAAGAGAGACGUUCUGCUCUGUCGCCUCAAGAACACGGACGACCCCACCUGGAAGAGGGUCCGACCCAGGCCGGCACGGAACAACUUCCUGGGAGCGUUUGUGCUCUGCAAAGAGGUGCAGGAGCGCCAGGAGUGCCAGUACGGGGAGAACUGCACGUUUGCGUACUGUCAGGAGGAAAUCGAUGUGUGGACCCAGGAGAGAAAGGGAGCCCUGAGCAGGGAGCUGCUGUUCGACCCCCUGGGCAGCACGGAGAGGCGGGCCCUCAGCGUCACGCGGCUGCUGCAGCUGCACAUGGGCAUGUUCAUGUUCCUCUGUGAGGAAUGUUUUGACAGUAAGCCUCGCAUCAUCAGCAAACGCAGCAAGGAAAACCUGGCUGUGUGCUCCAACCUCACCGCCAGACAUCCAUUCGACGAUAACAAGUGCCUGGUGCACGUGGUGAGGUCUGCCAAUGUGCGCUACAGUAAGGUGCGGCCCCUGCACCCGCUGUGCCAGUUUGACGUGUGCCGUCACGAGGUGCGUUACGGCUGCCAGAGGGAGGACAGCUGCUCCUUCGCCCACUCUGUCAUCGAACUCAAGUGCUGGGUGCUGCAGCAGGACACAGGUAUCACUCAUGAGGAGAUGGUGCAGGAGUCCAAGAGGCACUGGCACAGGCUGGAGCAGAACGCCCAGAGGCAGAAGCCUAUACACAUCCCACACCAAAGCAGUGGUUGUAGUGGUGGAGGAAUCGGGGGAGGUGGAGACGGUAUGGGAGGAGGUGGUGUUAGCUCAGGGGGAUGCCUUGCAGGAGGAAGAGGCAGGGGUCUGAACCUGAAGAUGAAGUUUGUGUGCGGUCAGUGCUGGAGAGACGGUCAGGUCAACGAGCCAGACAAAGCCCUCAAGUACUGCACUGCCAAGGCCCGACACAGCUGGACUAAGGAGCGGAGGGUGCUGUUAGUCAAGUCGUUUGAGAAGAAGAAGUGGGUGGUAGUACGACCUCUGCCUUUCUCCCGCACCUACCCACAGCAAUACGAUAUGUGUGUGCACGUGAUGAAGCAGAAGAAGUGCCACUACAUCGGGAACUGCUCGUUCGCCCACAGUCAGGAGGAGAGAGACGUCUGGACGUACAUGAAGAACAACAGCUUGAGGGACAUGCAGCAAAUGUACGACAUGUGGCUCACGAUGACCAAUCAAAACAGGCGCACCGAUGGAUCGCUCAUGACCCCGCCCCCAGAGGAGAAACAAGUCUCCAUGACAACAGAUUACUCAGAGUCCAUGGGUGGGAGGCGGUUGUCAGAAGGGGGAGAACUGUAAUGGUGGUGGUGUUGGCCUUGUAAGGUAGAAGGACAGAGGAGACACAACGCUACCACAACACACUAGCCCCUGCCGGCCUGCUAUCAGUCUGGGCACACACACACACCUCUGGGACAGUGUCUCCCUUCCCCAAGCACCUGAUAAAGCAAUGCCAAACAGGCUCACGCACACACACACACAUACAUACACACAUACACACAAACAGACCCAUGACUAGAUGAGUUGUAAGGAAUAGCCAUCCUUGAUUUCAGUGUGAGCCUCAGUGUAUUUUCCAACAUAUGGCAGGUGUUCUAAACUUGACACAGAAGCCUUCCCCCUACAGUAGGUAUCCACUGAAAGUACAUGAACUACCAGGCAAAGAGUAUCACUUUCCAGAAGCCCCUUAUUCCAUAGAUUAUCGCUUUAUAAACGGGUCCUUGUUAUUUCAAGGGGGCUACAUUCUACAACCAAAUCCUACCCCCCUUCCCUUCUAGGAAUGUAGAGAGAGGGAGGAGAGACAAAGAGUGAAUUCUUGGACAAAUGUUUUGUUCAACAUUUGGCCAUGGGAGUGGUAUUUGGCUCUAUAUGUCUGCCAUAUUGGCAGAGGACUAUGAAUGUAAAGCCUAACCAGGCCUUUGAUGAGUAAGUCAAACACAAUACAGUUGUGGAAUGUAUUUGAUAAAAUGUAAUGAUAAAAAAUCCCCCCCCCCUUUACAGAUGGAGUCUGUGGGACAAGGGACAUAUAAAAAGCCCUACCUAGCCUGUAAUCAGCACAGACAUGUGCUACCCACAUCAGAUCCAUUCAUUAUGUUAUGCACUGAGUGGUCAUUAGAACGAGGUAGCUACUGUUGGCAUUGGAGGGUCUCAGGACUAAGGUAUUGCAGGUUUCUGUAUAUCUACAGCCAGUGUUUGAAGUGUGACUUGUUGGAACAAUGACAAACAACAAAUAAGGGUAAAACCUU